ACCGUUACCACCAGUUCCGAUGGCACCACAGAGCAUACAGAAGAUAAGGGACUGGGCGUAAACAUUAGUUGUACCAGUGCCUCAGCUCUCUGUCAGACAGGAAACAACGAUGGCAAGAGCUGGAACUUCCCGUCGUACCUCUAUUUGAGAGAAAUUCAACCAUUCGAACCGGUCAGCCUCGAACGUUCUGACUUCGAGGAGCAGCAAGAAAACGGCGGGAAACAAGACGAAGAGGAAGAUGGAAUAUUGAAGAACGAUUCCCCGAGUGAUGAUGAUGACAUUCCAUCUUUGGAACAAGAGGCUGAUUUUUACCUUGAAAGAGGUUUCCGCUUUGGAAAAAGUAUUCGCUUCAACAGCAGAAUUGUGUUCAGUUAA